AAACAUCGAAAUCUCUGCCGUCGAUCCCCACCCAAUUCCAAGAAGGAACAAUCUCAGCCCUCCACUGCUCCGUGCCCGGCACGCGGAGUCCACUCGCGUCACCGAUCGUCAACCCCCUCUCCUGCUUUCUGCAGAAUGGGAUAGAAGAUCCGGAGACAUGAGUGGUAAGCGCAGCUCGCUAGAUCUACCGGAGAGAUUGAAGUUGACCCAUAGAAGGCGUUCUACGGAAAAAGAGGGUUGGAGUUGAAUGCGUGAUAAACGAUGUUGGGUGAUGGUGGUGGAGGAAUCGGAAGGCAUCAAGGGUCGGACCAGAAGCCGGAGUUGGGAGACAAAGUGUACACAAGGAAGUCAUUUAAGGGGUUAAAGACCGGUAAGAACGGUGUUAAUUUGACAGAAGAGCUGCAAAUUCAAACCCCAGCUGAACCCCCUGUUAAUUCCCUUCCGGACGCGCCCAUGGAAGGUUCUUCAAGUCUGAAUCGGACAUCUACUGUGCCAUUGGCCAGUCGCGGGUUGCUAGAUGGGUUUGAAGGGGGGAAACUGGGACUUUCAAAGCAGGAGAAUAGUGUAACAAUUAGCCUUUCAUCGCUGAAGUCUAAGCGAGAGAUGCGAGAGCUGAGGAGGAAGCUGCAGAGUGAGUUGGAUGUGAUACGGAGUUUGGUGAAGAAUAUAGAGACAAAGGAGACACAACAGAAUGACCCAACCCGACCUUUGCAUCAGUUGAGUGUGUCUGUGUUGGAGAAUAGUCAUGCGGUAUGCGAUGACACUGACAAGGAUAAGAGGACACCCAAGGCAAACCAGUUUUAUAGAAAAUCAGAUUUUUUGCUCGCAAAGGAUAAGAUUCCACCUCCAGAAAGCAACAAGAAGACAAAAGCAAACAAGAAUACGGGAAAUGGUUUUGGGUCGGGAAAGUCACCCAGUCAAGUGUUCAAGAGUUGUUGUGUGUUACUGGAAAGGUUAAUGAAGCACAAGCAUGGAUGGGUGUUUAACCAACCGGUUGAUACUGUUGGUCUUGGUUUACACGACUAUUAUGACAUCAUCAAGCACCCAAUGGAUCUUGGUACAGUGAAAUCCAGGCUGGAUAGUAAUUGGUACAAGUCACCUAGAGAAUUUGCAGAGGAUGUGAGACUUACAUUCAACAACGCCAUGACCUACAAUCCAAAGGGACAAGAUGUUCAUGUAAUGGCUGAGCUGCUCUUGCAGAUAUUUGAAAACAAGUGGGCUUUGAUCGAGGCUGAGAUUGGCCCACCUACUCCUGCAUCUAGGAAGGGUCCUAAGCUCCCAAACUCUGAAACGAGAAAAGUUCUUAGCAGGUCGGAAUCCAUGACAACCCCAAAACUUAAACCUGCCAAUCAUUUGAACACAGGGAGAGUUGCUGCCCCAAAGAAGCCAAAAGCAAAGGAUCCCGACAAAAGGGAUAUGACAUAUGAAGAGAAACAGAAACUAAGCAUGAACCUACAAAAUUUGCCAUCUGAAAAGCUUGAAAGUGUGGUGCAAAUAAUCAGAAAGAGGAACUCUUCUCUCUGUCAACAGGAUGAUGAGAUUGAAGUGGAUAUUGAUAGUGUUGAUAUAGAGACUCUUUGGGAGCUCGAUAGGUUUGUAACCAACUUCAAAAAGAGUUUGAGCAAGAACAAAAGAAAGAUUGAAAUGUCUGAACUUGCAACUCAAUCAGUUAAGGGAGCUAAGCAAAAUGUCCUGCAGAAGAAAGAUGCUCCCGUUGCAGGAGAAACUCCAACAGGUGGUCUAAACAAUUCUUUGACAGAAGGCAGAGCAGAACGAAAUGACAUGUCCUCUGCUCCUGAAGGGGAAAAGCUUGAGAACAAUGCAACUAAAUCGCACAUAUCUAAUCCUGAUUCUGGAUCUUCAUCAAGUGAGUUUCAUAGUGAAAGCUCUUCAGAAGGCGGAUCUGAUACAGAACGUUCACCUAAGAAUUGAAGUAGUUUCCCUGGAGAACCAAACAAUCCUUGUGUAGUGCCAGAUCCAGCAGCUAGCAGUAAUGAACUGGCAAUACGUUAUGGAUGGAGAUGAGCUUUACAUCUUCAUCACUCUUGGCUUCCACAACAAAGUGUGUCUCCGGGACUACACGGUGUUUGUAUAAAUAGUGUAAUAGUUAUCUCGCGUUUUGUAGCGUGUAAGUAUUGUGCGUUGCGAUCUCACGUAUGUAUCUCGAGGGAUUGGUGCAUUUCCCUGGCUCAUGUGCAAGUGAACAUUGCAACAUUUGUAAUGAUUUGUGUAAAUUAUUUAGAGCACCUUUGGGGCUUCUCUGUUGGCCUGGACUCCAAGGGCAACAAUUUCAGCAUUUUGAAAAAGAUUAUCUAAGGAAAAUUAUUUAGUUUUGGGAUUUUGAAAAUUAACUUGCAUUAUUAAAAAAUUAUCCAAAAUGUAACGCUAAUUAAAAAUGUUAUUAUCUU